AUGAGCACCAUGCGUCUGCUGACACUCGCCCUGCUUUUCUCCUGCUCCUUCGCCCGCGCCGCCUGCGACCCCAAGAUCGUCAACAUUGGAGCUGUGCUGAGCACGCGGAAGCACGAGCAGAUGUUCCGUGAGGCCGUGAACCAGGCCAACAAGCGGCAUGGCUCCUGGAAGAUCCAACUCAAUGCCACCUCUGUCACCCACAAGCCCAACGCCAUCCAGAUGGCCCUGUCGGUGUGCGAGGACCUCAUCUCCAGCCAGGUCUACGCCAUCCUAGUUAGCCACCCACCUACCCCCAACGACCACUUCACUCCCACCCCCGUCUCCUACACAGCCGGCUUCUACCGCAUCCCCGUCCUGGGGCUGACCACCCGUAUGUCCAUCUACUCAGACAAGAGCAUCCACCUGAGCUUUCUCCGCACCGUGCCGCCCUACUCCCACCAGUCCAGCGUGUGGUUCGAGAUGAUGCGCGUGUACAGCUGGAACCACGUCAUCCUCCUGGUCAGCGACGACCACGAGGGCAGGGCCGCGCAGAAGCGCCUGGAGACGCUGCUGGAGGAGCGCGAGUCCAAGAGUAAAAAAAGGAACUAUGAAAACCUCGACCAACUGUCCUAUGACAACAAGCGCGGACCCAAGGCAGAGAAGGUGCUGCAGUUCGACCCGGGGACCAAGAACGUGACGGCCCUGCUGAUGGAGGCACGGGAGCUGGAGGCCCGGGUCAUCAUCCUCUCCGCCAGCGAGGACGAUGCUGCCACCGUGUACCGCGCAGCCGCGAUGCUGAACAUGACAGGCUCGGGGUACGUGUGGCUGGUGGGGGAGCGCGAGAUCUCAGGGAACGCUCUGCGCUACGCCCCGGACGGCAUCAUCGGACUGCAGCUCAUCAAUGGCAAGAACGAGUCCGCGCACAUUAGCGACGCCGUGGGCGUGGUGGCCCAGGCAGUGCACGACCUGCUGGAGAAGGAGAACAUCACCGACCCGCCCCGCGGCUGCGUGGGCAACACCAACAUCUGGAAGACCGGGCCGCUCUUCAAGAGAGUGCUGAUGUCUUCCAAGUAUGCUGACGGGGUGACCGGCCGAGUGGAGUUCAACGAGGACGGGGACCGGAAGUUCGCUAACUACAGCAUCAUGAACCUGCAGAACCGCAAGCUGGUGCAAGUGGGCGUCUACAACGGCACCCAUGUCAUCCCCAACGACAGGAAGAUCAUCUGGCCGGGUGGAGAGACAGAGAAGCCCCGAGGGUACCAGAUGUCCACCAGGUUGAAGAUUGUGACGAUCCACCAGGAGCCUUUCGUGUACGUCAAGCCCACGCUGAGCGAUGGCACAUGCAAGGAGGAGUUCACCGUCAAUGGGGACCCGGUCAAGAAAGUGAUCUGCACCGGGCCCAACGACACGUCGCCCGGCAGCCCUCGCCACACUGUGCCUCAGUGCUGCUACGGCUUCUGCAUCGAUCUGCUCAUCAAGCUGGCGCGGACCAUGAACUUCACCUACGAGGUGCACCUGGUGGCUGACGGCAAGUUCGGCACGCAAGAGCGGGUGAACAACAGUAAUAAGAAGGAGUGGAAUGGGAUGAUGGGCGAGCUGCUCAGCGGGCAGGCGGACAUGAUCGUGGCGCCGCUGACCAUCAACAACGAGCGUGCACAGUACAUCGAGUUCUCCAAGCCCUUCAAGUACCAGGGCCUGACCAUUCUGGUGAAGAAGGAGAUCCCCCGCAGCACGCUGGACUCGUUCAUGCAGCCCUUUCAGAGCACGCUGUGGCUGCUGGUGGGGUUGUCGGUGCACGUGGUGGCCGUGAUGCUGUACCUGCUGGACCGCUUCAGCCCCUUUGGCCGGUUCAAGGUGAAUAGUGAAGAGGAGGAGGAAGACGCGCUGACCCUGUCUUCGGCCAUGUGGUUCUCCUGGGGCGUUCUGCUCAACUCGGGUAUUGGGGAAGGCGCCCCACGAAGCUUCUCAGCGCGCAUCCUGGGCAUGGUGUGGGCCGGCUUUGCCAUGAUCAUCGUGGCCUCCUACACCGCCAACCUGGCGGCCUUCCUGGUGCUGGACCGGCCAGAGGAGCGCAUCACGGGCAUCAACGACCCACGGCUGAGGAACCCGUCGGACAAGUUCAUCUACGCCACCGUGAAGCAGAGCUCGGUGGACAUCUACUUCCGGAGGCAGGUGGAGCUGAGCACCAUGUACCGGCACAUGGAGAAGCACAACUACGAGAGCGCGGCGGAGGCCAUCCAGGCUGUGCGGGACAACAAGCUUCAUGCCUUCAUCUGGGACUCGGCGGUGCUGGAGUUCGAGGCCUCACAGAAGUGCGACCUAGUGACCACUGGCGAGCUGUUCUUCCGCUCGGGCUUUGGCAUUGGCAUGCGCAAGGACAGCCCCUGGAAGCAGAACGUCUCCCUGUCCAUCCUCAAGUCCCACGAGAACGGCUUCAUGGAGGAUCUGGACAAGACGUGGGUGCGGUACCAGGAGUGUGACUCUCGCAGCAAUGCCCCUGCCACCCUCACCUUUGAGAACAUGGCAGGGGUCUUCAUGCUGGUGGCUGGGGGCAUCGUGGCUGGGAUCUUUCUGAUCUUCAUUGAGAUCGCCUACAAGCGACACAAGGAUGCUCGCCGGAAGCAGAUGCAGCUGGCCUUUGCAGCCGUGAACGUGUGGAGGAAGAACCUGCAGGAUAGAAAGAGUGGUAGAGCAGAGCCCGACCCUAAAAAGAAAGCCACAUUUAGGGCUAUCACCUCCACCCUGGCUUCCAGCUUCAAGAGACGUAGGUCCUCCAAAGACACGCAGUACCAUCCCACUGAUAUCACGGGCACGCUCAACCUCUCAGAUCCCUCGGUCAGCACCGUGGUGUGA